UGCAAGCACGUGAAAGGGUGCAAAAACAUGCGGAAACACGAAAGCAUGUGAAAGGGUGCAAAAGCGUUUGAAAGUAUGUGAAAGGGUGUGAAAGCAUGCAGAAACAUGAAAACAUGAAAGGGUGUGAAAGCAUGCGGAAACAUGAAAGCAUGUGAAAGGGUGUGAAAGCAUGCGAAAACAUGAAAGCAUGUGAAAGGGUGUGAAAGCUUGUGGAAAUGUGUGAAAGCGUUUGAAAGUAUGUGAAAGGGUGCGAAAGCAUGCGGAAACAUGAAAGCAUGUGAAAGGGUGCGAAAGCAUGCGGAAACAUGAAAGCAUGUGAAAGGGUGCGAAAGCGUUUCAAAGUAUGUGAAAGUGUGCAAAAGCAUGCGGAAACAUGAAAGUAUGUGAAAGGGUGUGAAAACAUGCAGAAAAAUGAAAGCAUGUGAAAGGGUGUGAAAGCUUCUGGAAGUGUGCUAAAGCGUUUGAAAGUAUGUGAAAGGGUGUGAAAGCAUGCGGAAGUGUGCGAAAGCAUUUGAAAGUAUGUGAAAGGGUGUGAAAGCAUGUGGAAACCUGAAAGCAUAUGAAAGGUUGUGAAAGCGUUUGAAAGUAUGUGAAAGGGUGUGAAAGCAUGCGGAAACAUGAAAUCAUCUGAAAGGGUGUGAAAGCUUGUGGAAGUGUGUGAAAGCUUGCGGAAGUGUGCAAAAGCGUUUGAAAGUAUGUUAACGGGUGUGAAAGCAUGCGGAAACAUGAAAGUAUGUGAAAGGGUGUGAAAACAUGCGAAAACAUGAAAGCAUGUGAAAGGGUGUGAAAGCAUGUGAAAACAUGAAAGCAUGUGAAAGGGUGUGAAAGCAUGCGGAAACAUGAAAGCAUGUGAAAGGGUGUGAAAGCUUGUGGAAGUGUGUGAAAGUGUUUGAAAAUAUGUGAAAGGGUGUGUAAGCAUGCGAAAACAUGAAAGCAUGUGAAAGGGUGUGAAAGCUUAUGGAAGUGUGCAAAAGUGUUUGAUAUGAAAGCAUGUGAAAUUGUGUGAAAGCAUGUGGAAGUGUGUAAAAGCAUUUGAAAGUAUGCGAAAGGAUGUGAUAUUGUGUGAAGGAGUGCGAAAGCAUGUGAAAACAUGAAAGCAUUUUAAAGGGUGUGAAAGCUUGUGGAAGUGUGCGAAAGUGUUUGAAAGUAUGUGAAAGCUUUUGGAAGUGUGCGAAAGCAUUUAAAAGUAUGUGAAAGCUUGUGGAAGUUUGCAAAAGUGUUUGAAAGUAUGUGAAAGCAUGUGAAAAUGUGUGAAAGCAUGUGGAAGUGUGCGAAAGUAUUUGAAAGUAUGUGAAAGGGUGCGAAAGCAUGUGAGAGGAUGUGAAAGCUUGUGAAAUUGUGAAGGCGUGUGAAAGGAUGUGAAAGGAUGUGAAAGCUUGUGAAAUUGUGAAGGCGUGUGAAAGGAUGUGAAAGGAUGUGAAAGCUUGUGAAAGUAUGUAAAAGCAUGUGAAAUUGUGAAGAUGUGCGCAAGCAUGUGAAAGGAUGUGAAAGCUUGUGGAAGCAUGCGAAAGUGUUUGAAACUAUGUGGAAGCUUGUGGAAGUGUGCAAAAACGUUUGAAAGUAUGUGAAAGCUUGUAGAAGUGUGCAAAAGUGUUUGAUAGUAUAUGAAAGCAUGUGAAAUUGUGUGAAAGCAUGUGGAAGUGUGCGAAAGCAUUUGAAAGUAUGUGAAAGGGUGCAAAAGCAUGUGAAAACGUGAAAGUAUGUGAAAGCAUGUGAAAUUGUGAAGAUGUGCGAAAGCAUGUGAAAGGAUGUGAAAGCUUGUGAAAGUAUGUAAAAGCAUGUGAAAUUGUGAAGAUGUGCGCAAGCAUGUGAAAGGAUGUGAAAGCUUGUGGAAGCAUGCGAAAGUGUUUGAAACUAUGUGGAAGCUUGUGGAAGUGUGCAAAAACGUUUGAAAGUAUGUGAAAGCUUGUAGAAGUGUGCAAAAGUGUUUGAUAGUAUAUGAAAGCAUGUGAAAUUGUGUGAAAGCAUGUGGAAGUGUGCGAAAGCAUUUGAAAGUAUGUGAAAGGGUGCAAAAGCAUGUGAAAACGUGAAAGUAUGUGAAAGCUUAUGAAAUUGUGAAGGCGUGCGAAAGCAUGUGAAAGGAUGUGAAAGCUUGUGAAAGUAUGUGAAAGCAUGUGAAAUUGUGAAGGUGUGCGAAAGCAUGUGAAAGGAUGUGGAAGUGUGUGAAAGCAUUUGAAAGUAUGUGAAAACAUGUGAAAGGGUGUGAAAGUAUAUGAAAGCAUGUGAAAUUGUGCGAAAGCAUGUGAAAACAUGAACAUGUGUGAAAGCUUGUGGAAGUGUGUGAAAGCAUUUGAAAGUAUGUGAAAGGAUAUGAAAGCUUGUGAAAGUAUUUGGAAGCAUGUGAAAGCAUUUGAAAGUAUGUGGAAGUGUGCAAAAGUGUUUGAAAGUAUGUGAAAGGGUGCGAAAGCAUGUGAAAACAAAAGCGUUUUAAAGGGUGUGAAAGCUUGUGGAAGUGUGCAAAAGUGUUUGAAAGUAUGUGGAAGCUUGUGGAAGUGUGCAAAAGUGUUUGAAAGUAUAUGAAAGCAUGUGAAAUUGUGUGGAAGUGUGUGAAAGCAUUUGAAAGUAUGUGAAAGGGUGCAAAAGUAUGUGAAAACGUGAAAGUAUGUGAAAGCUUAUGAAAUUGUGAAGGCGUGCGAAAGCAUGUGAAAGGAUGUGAAAGCUUGUGAAAGUAUGUGAAAGCAUGCAAAACUGUGAAGGCGUGCGAAAGCAUGUGAAAGCAUGUGGAAGCGUGUGAAAGCAUUUGAAAGUAUGUGGAAGUGUGCAAAAGUGUUUGAAAGUAUGUGAAAUUGUGUGAAAGCAUGUGAAAGGAUGUGAAAGCUUGUGAAAUUGUGAAGGCAUGUGAAAGCAUGUGAUAGAAUGUGAAAGCUUGUGAAAGUAUGUAAAAGCAUGUGAAAUUGUGAAGAUGUGCGAAAGCAUGUGAAAGCUUGUGGAAGCAUGCGAAAGGAUGUGAAAUUGUGUGAAGGUGUGCAAAAGCAUGUGAAAACACGAAGGCAUGUGAAAGCUUGUGGAAGUGUGUGAAAGCAUUUGAUAGUAUGUGAAAGGAUGUGAAAGCUUGUGAAAUAUGUGAAAGCAUGUGAAAUUGUGUGAAGGCAUGCAAAAGCAUGUGAAAACAUGAAAGCAUUUUAAAGGGUGUGAAAGCUUGUGGAAGUGUGUGAAAGUGUUUGAAAGUAUGUGAAAGCUUGUGGAAGUGUGCAAAAACGUUUAAAAGUAUGUGAAAGCUUGUGGAAGUGUGCGAAAGUGUUUGAACGUAUGUGAAAGCUUGUGGAAGUGUGCAAAAGUGUUUGAAAGUAUGUGAAAGCAUGUGAAAUUGUGUGAAAGCAUGUGGAAGUGUGUGAAAGUAUUUGAAAGUAUGUGAAAGGGUGCGAAAGCAUGUGAAAGGAUGUGAAAGCUUGUAAAAUUGUGAAGGUGUGCGAAAGCAUGUGAAAGCUUGUGAAAGUAUGUAAAAGCAUGUGAAAUUGUGAAGAUGUGCGAAAGCAUGUGAAAGGAUGUGAAAGCUUGUGGAAGCAUGCGAAAGCGUUUGAAAGUAUGUGGAAGCUUGUGGAAGUGUGCAAAAGCAUUUGAAAGUAUGUGAAAGCUUGUGGAAGUGUGCAAAAGUGUUUGAAAGUAUGUGAAAACAUGUGAAAGGGUGUGAAAGUAUAUGAAAGCAUGUGAAAUUGUGCGAAAGCAUGUGAAAACACGAACGUGUGUGAAAGCUUGUGGAAGUGUGUGAAAGCAUUUGAAAGUAUGUGAAAGGAUGUGAAAGCUUGUGAAAGUAUGUGAAAGCAUGUGAAAUUGUGUGAAGACAUGCAGAAGCAUGUGAAAACAUGAAAGCAUGUGAAAGGGUGUGAAAGCUUUUGGAACUGUGUGAAAGCUUGUGGAAGUGUGCAAAAGCGUUUGAAAGUAUGUGAAAGUGUGCAAAAGUGUUUGAAAGUAUAUGAAAGCAUGUGAAAUUGUGUGAAAGCAGGUGGAAGUGUGCGAAAGCAUUUGAAAGUAUGUGAAAGGGUGCAAAAGCAUUUGAAAAUGUGAAAGUAUGUGAAAGCUUAUGAAAUUGUGAAGGCGUGCGAAAGCAUGUGAAAGGAUGUGAAAGCUUGUGAAAGUAUAUGAAAGCAUGUGAAAUUGUGAAGGCGUGCGAAAGCAUGUGAAAGGAUGUGGAAGCGUGUGAAAGCAUUUGAAAGUAUGUGGAAGUGUGCAAAAGUGUUUGAAAGUAUGUGAAAACAUGUGAAAGGGUGUAAAAGUAUAUGAAAGCAUGUGAAAUUGUGCGAAGGUGUGCGAAAGCAUGUGAAAACAUGAAAGCAUGUGAAAGGGUGUGAAAGCUUUUGGAAGUGUGUGAAAGCUUGUGGAAGUGUGCAAAAGUGUUUGAAAGUAUGUGAAAACGUGAAAGGGUGUGAAAGCAUGUGAAAUUGUGUGAAUGCAUGCAAAAGCAUGUGAAAGCUUGUGGAAGUGUGCGAAAGCGUUUGAAAGUAUGUGAAAGGGUGCGAAAGCAUGUGUAAACAUGAAAGAAUGUAAAAGCUUGUGAAAUUGUGUGAAGGCGUGCGAAGGCAUGUGAAAACAUGAAAGUAUGCGAAAGGGUGUGAAACCUUGUGGAGGUGUGCAAAAGUGUUUGAAAGUACGUGAAAGGGUGCGAAAGCGUGUGAAAGCAUGUGAAAACACGAACAUGUAUGAAAGCUUGUGGAAGUGUGUGAAAGCAUUUGAAAGUAUGUGAAAGGAUGUGAAAGCUUGUGAAAGUAUGUGAAAGCAUGUGAAAUUGUGUGAAGGCGUGCGAAAGCAUGUGAAAACAUGAAAGCAUGUGAAAGGGUGUGAAAGCUUGUGGAAGUGUGCAAAAGUGUUUGAAAGUAUGUGAAAACGUGAAAGGGUGUGAAAGCAUGUGAAAUUGUGUGAAUGCAUGCAAAAGCAUGUGAAAGCUUGUGGAAGUGUGUGAAAGCGUUUGAAAGUAUGUGAAAGGGUGCGAAAGCAUGUGUAAACGUGAAAGAAUGUAAAAGCUUGUGAAAUUGUGUGAAGGCGUGCGAAAGCAUGUGAAAACAUGAAAGUAUGCGAAAGGGUGUGAAACCUUGUGGAGGUGUGCAAAAGUGUUUGAAAGUACAUGAAAGGGUGCGAAAACGUGUGAAAGCAUGUGAAAACAGGAAACUAUGUGAAAGGGUGUGAAAGCAUGUUUCACAUGCAUGCAAAAGCAUGUGAAAGUAUAUGAAAGUGUGUGCAAAAGUGAAAGCGUGCAAAAGCAUGCGAAAAUGUGAAAGGGUGUGAAAGGAUGUAGCACUCGUUCAUCAGGUGUGUAAAAUUGUGUGAAUUUUAACACCCUGGUGAACAGGCAUUAUUUCAGUAUUUGCCAGUCUAUAUGAUGGAAGAAAAAUGAACCUGAACACCAAACUAUUUAUUACUUGUGCAACAUGAUAAUAAACUGUAUAUGAUUUGGCUUCCAGCACCAUGUUGUAUUGUACAGUCUGUAACCUGGGAUCUCUGUAACGUCUCAUUCAGACACUGUUUGCCACUUUACCUGCUCAAUUACUAUUCAGUUCAGGGUUUUUUUUAAGCUGAUUAUAUGUUCCUGUAUUAUUACAGUUUUUCUCAAAUGCUAAAACACAAAAGCCAAUCCUCUAAACCAAAUGACCAGUUGUCUAAACACAUUUACUAAAUGUAGCCAUCAUUUGCCAAUAUCAUAAACACAUUUCACAUGAAGACACAAUUCACAAAACACAAUCCUCCGUUCUCAUAAAUCUAAACACAUUUUUCCUUGCUAAAACACAAGUUGCAAAAGAACUCUGCUCAUAUUCCCAAAUGAAAGCUCAUGUGAUGCAAAAUGCUUGCCACAGUCAGCAAUAUUUGAACACAAUGAACACACCUGGCAUCAUUAAUUACACACAACGACUCAAAAUUGAAGACACUUGUUGCUAAUGCUGUGACCACAUGUAUAAAAGCAAGUUCAGAGUGCACAGUUUGCUGAAGAUUCCAAACAAACACAAUGGAUGAAGGCAGAGUCAGGGGAAGAGGAAUUCGAGUCAGAGGAGGGAGAGGAGCUGACCAUGGAGGGAGAAGAGCUGGCCAUGGAAGAAGAGGAGCAGGCCAAUGAGGAAGUGGAGUUCAAAUCAGAGGAGGAAGAGGUGCAGGCCAACGAGGAAGAGGAGGAGGCCAACAAGGGAGAGGACAAGGUCCAGGAGGGAGAGGACAAGGUCCAGGAGGGAGAGCAAGACAACCUCACACCAUCAUUACGGACGAGAUGCGAGCAACAGUCAUUGACCAUGUCAUUGUCCAUGGCAUGACAAUGGCUGAAGCAGGACUAAGAGUCCGUCCAAACCUGAGUAGGUUCACCGUGGCCACCAUUAUCAGGGCAUUCAGACAACACAACAGAGUUGAAAGAAUGCCACAUAGAGGUGGGAGGGUUGCCAUAUUUACAGCGGCACAAGAAACCCUCAUUGUGGAUAUGGUUUGUGAGAACAACCUCAUCAGACUCCGGGAGAUCAGAGACAAAGUCAUUGCCGAUAAUGUCAACUUUGAGAGCAUUGAUGUCAGCUUGGCCACAAUAGACCGAGUUCUCCAGCGCCAAAAGAUGCGGAUGAACCAGGUCUGUAGGGUUCCCUUUGAGCGCAACUCUGCGCGACACAAAGACCUACGUUAUGAGUAUGUGCAAAGGAUAUUACAGUUGGACACGAUGGCCAGACCUCAUGAGUACCUCUUCCUGGAUGAGGCUGGCUUCAACCUGCAGAAACUAAGGCAAAGAGGCCGUAACAUCAUUGGCCAAAGAGCCAUCACUGAGGUUCCUGGCCAACGGGGGGGUGUAAUACUACUCUUUGUGCGGCCAUGGGUUCGGAGGGGCUUGUCCACUGGCAUGCUGUCCUUGGGUCUUACAACACCCAAUGUCUCCUCACCUUCCUAGAGGAGCUAAGAGACAUCCUCCUGGACCGCCAACAACACCAUCCUGGGCCCGCACAUCCCAUUUAUGUGAUCAUUUGGGACAAUGUCCGCUUCCACAGAACAAACCAAAUCAGAGAGUGGUUCACCACCAACAGUAACCAGUUUUUAAACAUCUGUCUGCCACCCUACUCCCCUUUCCUGAACCCUAUAGAGGAGUUCUUCUCAUCGUGGAGAUGGAAGGUUUAUGACCGACAACCAUACACUAGAGAGAACCUCCUAAGGACAAUGGAGCUGGCCUGUGUUGACAUCCCAGUGGAGGCCUUCCAAGGAUGGAUGCGCCAUUCCAGGGCGUUUUUCCCGCGGUGCCUGGCAAGAGAGAAUAUAGCCUGCAAUGUGGAUGAGGUGAUGUGGCCCAAUGCAGCUCAGCGACAUGAUGCCGCACAGUGAUUGUGGUGUGAAUAAAGUAAAUAAAAAAACUUCACACCCUGAACAUGUUUUCAAGUGUACUGUUGUGUGCAAUAGAUUCUGUUUUUGCAUUGAGUUGUGUUACAGUAGUGUACAUGCAGUAUUUUCUAUAGAUUUAUACUCUUCAUAUGAAACUCACAAAUCUAAAUGCCUAAUCCUCUACAGAGAUCUAAGAUCCGUUACUGUAAAGUUUCAAAAAAUAUGCAUUGGCAGUUAUGAAACAAAGAACCUUCUCACAAAUUGAGCAUUGUGUUUUCAAUUGUUUUGCUGUAGUGUGUAAUGAUGUGUAUAGUGUUUACAUUUUUGAAAGCUUUGAGCUGCUCUUUUGGUGUGAGUUUUAGUUUUGAAGUGAGAAGGUGUGGUUGUGUUUAUGGAGCUUUAGAAAAGGGUGUUGUGACGACAGAGGGGAGGGGGAGGUACUGCAUGAGGCAGGGCUCCGAGCCCUGACGCCCCAUACACCGACACCAGCCCCCCAUAGCCUCCGCACAACACGCCCUACCUAUCCUAUAUAUGACUGUAUAUGACAAGAAUGUGUGCCUUCUCUAAAAUGUACUGCAUUAAAAGAAGAGAUGUAUUUGCAUUAAAAGAGGCAAGGAGUGCAGCAAAGCACCUGCAGAGGUUUCCCACAUGCACUCCUCCCCUACCCUAGUCUAUCAUGUUGUUCUUAUUGCAGGUGUACAA